AUGCAAGAAUUUAAGUCAGCGCCAGAACCCGCGCCCGUGCGUGCUGCGCCACCCGCCGAGACUGAGGCGCCGCCGGUGCCUUCAAACGGCGAUGCGGAUGCCAUCUCAGCAGCAGUGGAGGAGCUCAAGGUGUCGGAUGAGCCGGCUGCUGCGCCCUCUGUGUCAGCAUCGUCCGCAGCGGCUGCAGUGGAGGUGAUCCCUGACGCGCCAGAGGACGAGGGCAAGGUGGUGGAGACCUACCGCAAGCUGCUGGAGGAGGACCCCCGUGAUCACCUCAACGUGGUGUUCAUCGGCCACGUGGACGCCGGCAAGAGCACACUAGGAGGGCAGAUCCUGUUUGUCACAGACCAGGCGAGACAGCUGGGGGGCUGGGGGAGGGCGGCUGUUCUCGUUCGAGCUGCGCUCAUGCCGGCGGUUGACAAGCGCACCAUUGAGAAGUACGAGCGCGAGGCCAAGGACAAGAACCGCGAGUCGUGGUACAUGGCCUACAUCAUGGACACCAACGAGGAGGAGAGGGUCAAGGGCAUCACGGUGGAGGUGGGCCGCGCCAAGUUUGAGACUGAGAAGCGGCGCUACACUGUUCUGGAUGCCCCAGGCCACAAGAACUACGUCCCCAACAUGAUCAUGGGCGCGGCACAGGCUGAUGUGGCCGUGCUGGUGAUCAGCAGCCGCAAGGGCGAGUACGAGACCGGGUUCGAGAAGGGCGGGCAGACGCGUGAGCACGCCCAGCUGGCCAAGACCCUGGGUGUUGUGAAGCUGAUCGUGGUGGUCAACAAGCUGGACGACAGCAGCGUGGUGCUGGAGGGCGGGCAGUGGAGCCAGGAGAGGUACGACGACAUCGUGAAGGGCCUCACGCCGUUCCUGAAGACAGCGGGCUACAACCCCAAGAAGGACCUCACCUUCAUCCCCAUCAGCGCACUCAGCGGCCAGAACGUCAAGAACCGGGCCAGCAAGGAGGCGUGCCCCUGGUACCAGGGCCCAACCCUGUUUGAGGCGCUGGACUCUGUUGAGAUCGCUGAGAGGCCCCCCACUGCGCCCUUCCGGAUGCCCAUCAUCGACAAGUACAAGGACAUGGGCACGAUGAUCAUGGGCAAGAGCGAGGCUGGCCUGGUGUCGGUUGGGGAUGUGCUGCAGGUUAUGCCCAACAAGCUGCGUGUCAAGGUGGAGGCGGUGUACCGGGACGAGCUCGAGUCCUUCGCGGCCAAG